AUCAUGCUGGAUAGAGUGGUGAGAGUGGAGUGUGGGUGGGAGAGAGUCAGCACACAGGACUUGCACCCCAGGCAGAGACAAAGGAGAAGAUUCUUCAAGUCCUCUCCAAACCACAAUGAUCAAGGAUUAUCAAGACGUUAAGUCCCUGGACACAGAGGACGAAGGUGACAUUUAUCUCAGAAGAGGCCCUGUGUUGGCAGCUCCGGCUCAGUCAUGGGGGCGACGUGUCUGUUCUGGCCGGCGCCUGAUUCUCAUCCUGCUGGGUUUCAUCUGCAUCUUUGUCAUCUCAACCGUCGCAUUUGGCUUCACCGGGCGCAAGUUUGACUCUGGUUUAUCGGGGAUGCAGGAAGAUUUCAAAAGUGUGAAUCACACGCUCUUUGUGGAGUUAGCUGCCCUGAAACGAAAAGAGACGGAAGAUCUGCAGAAACUCACAAAGAUUGACAGGCUGGUGAAAAACCUGACCGAGCAGGUGACCAAAGCGAAGACAGAGUUCCGGGAUCAAAUCUUUAAAUUUCGGAAGAGCAUCCGGACCCUGAAUUGUGAGCUGGAGGACAUUAAACGCAACCGAACAGGAAGCAAAUCGAACUGCUGCCCAAAAGGAUGGGAUUUGUUUGCCAAGAACUGUUAUUGGGUCUCCAACAUGGAGAAGACCUGGGAGGAAGCCAAAGUGGACUGUGAAGAUAAAGAUUCCCACCUGGUGACCAUCACGAGCUACCUGGAGCAACAAUUUGUGGCUCAGCGCACGAAGACCCACAACACGUGGAUUGGCCUGACCUAUGAGAACAAUGUGUGGAAGUGGGUGGACGGAACCACGUACACUGUACGCAGGAUAGACUGGAGGCCCGGGGAGCCCAACCUCUUCUCCUUCAGUGACUUUGGGGACGCAGCGCAUUGUGCGUUCCUUUACCGCGACGGCCUGUGGAGCGACGAACGCUGCGCCCACCAGUACACCUGGAUGUGCGAGAUGGAGUUCAGGGCUUGAGUUGGCCGGCGGAGGGGCGGCGCGGCGCUGCCUCCCGGGGACGCUGCAGCAGCGGUGAUGCGACACGGCUACUGAAGGUUGCCCCAAGUAAAUAAAAGGAAUGUUUGCGCAAAGAAAGCCGGCGUGGGUGCGAACGUCUGCUGCGCGAGGCCAGCUUUUCCCGCCUCAUGGUUUCCUACAAUCACAGCCGGCCUAGAGAAAGCAAGCCGGCACUGAGCAGGGGGUUGGACUCGAUGGCCUUAGAGGCCCCUUCCAACUCUACUGUUCUAUGAUUCUAGGAUUCUAAAGUCGGGUCCCCACUCAGCCAUCGAACCCGUUUGACACAACGCCUGAUCUGCAGGCAGCGGGCUGCAGGUUCCAGGCCCAGCAUCUCCCACGAAGAGGGCGGGAAGCCACCGGCCGGAUCCUCUGCCCAGGAAGUCAGAGAGCCGCUGCCAGUCACAGCAGGCAAGGCGAUGGGCUGGAUCCGGUUUCCCCCACCUGGUGCAUUCCAGAGAUGUUGGACUCCAACUCCCAUUAUCCCUAGGUUGGCUGGGGAAGGCUGGGCUAGAUGGACCAAUGUUCUGACUCACUAGAAUGUCCAAAGCCUUUGGAAGCCCCUCUCUUGAGCCUACCUUGCAGGGUGGUAAGAAUACAUUGCCUCGGGCAAUGCUUAAUCAUAGAAUCAUAGAACAGCAGAGUUGGAAGGGGCCUACAAGGC